AUGCCCGACACUCGUGUGAGGCCGUUGGGACUGGGAGGGCUGAAGGUGGAGGGAGAUGUUACCCCUGUAUUUGGCCCCAGUGUUCUAAAUCUUCAACACAUUUGCAAAAUUAUUGACAUUACUGAGGUCAAUGGGACUUUUAAACUGAAGGAAGUUAAACGUGUUAAAUGUAUGAAUGGGCUGUUCCAUAAUGUUAUUUCAGAUGGAAGUGCCUGUAGGCUACGGAGCUUCAUUAAGAAGAAUCGUUCUGGGCUUACCAAAGUGGAUGAAUUAAAUGCUACCCCACUUCAUCAUGCUGCAGAAGGAGGACAAAUAGAAUUAAUGCAGUUGAUCAUAGACGAUUCUUCCUGUGAAGUAUUAAAUGUGAUGGAUUCGUCUGGAAAUACCCCACUGCACUGGGCCACGAAGAAAAACCAGGUUGAAAGUGUUAGUUUGCUUCUGAGCAGAGGAGCCAAUCCAAACAUUCUCAACUCCAAUAUGAUGGCACCUCUGCAUAUGGCCGUGCAGUCCCUGCAUAAUGAAAUCGUUAAGAUUUUAGUCCAGCAUAGCAGUACAGAUGUUAAUUUGGAAGGCGAAGCAGGGAACACACCUAUAAUUGUAGCAUGUUACAAGGAUAAUCCUGAAGCACUGACACUUUUGAUUGAAAACGGAGGAAAAAUAUGUAAACCGAACAAAACGGGAUGCAUGCCUAUCCAUGCAGCUGCAUUUUCAGGUGCAAAAACGUGUAUGGAAAUUCUCUUAAAAAAAGGUGAAGAAUUGGGUCACUCUGCUAAAACCCACAUCAAUUUUACCAAUAAUGGAAAGUGCAGUCCACUUCAUUUGGCAGUUCAAAGUGGGGACCUUGAAAUGAUUAAAAUGUGCAUUGAAUUUGGAGCCCAAAUCGAUCUAAAACAGAAUGAAAAAUGCACAGCACUUCAUUUUGCUGCCACUCAAGGAGCAACUGAGAUUGUAAAGUUAAUGAUGUCAUCCUAUGCUGGUGAAGAAUCCAUUAUUGAUGCUGUGGAUGGGAAUAAGGAAACUCUGCUUCACAGGACAGCAUUGUUUGAUCACUAUGAACUGGCAGAGUAUUUGAUUUCAAUGGGGGCUAAUAUUGAUAGUGUUGACAUAGAAGGUCGAUCCCCACUUCUGUUGGCCACUUCCUGUGCAUCAUGGAAAAUUGUGAAUUUACUGCUCUCAAAAGGAGCAAAUGUAUCAUUAAAAGAUCAUCUUGGUCGGAAUUUCUUGCAUUUGACCGUAUUGCAGCCUGGAGGAUUACAGCAUCUAAAUGAGAAAUUUCUGCAGAUGGAACACAUUAAAAAUCUUGUAGUGGAUGAAGAUAAUGAAGGAUGCACUCCACUGCAUUAUGCAUGCAGACAAGGUGUGGCCCUCUCUGUAAAUAAUUUACUCAGCCUCAAUGUUUCCAUCUACUCUAAGAGCAGGGACAAGAAGUCACCAUUACACUUUGCUGCCAGCUAUGGGCGCAUCAAUACAUGUCAGCGACUUAUAAGAGAUAUGAAAGACACAAGACUUUUGAAUGAAGGUGAUAAGAAAGGAAUGACUCCUCUUCAUUUGGCAGCCCAAAAUGGUCAUGAGAAAGUAGUUCAGUUUCUUCUGAAGAGAGGGGCCCUUUUUCUCUG